CAAGUGAGCGGUGUGCAAGUGAGCGGUGUGCAAGUGAGCGGUGUCCACUUGCGCCGUGUCCACUUUUCGGUGUGCAACUUUCACCGUGUGCAAGUGAGCGGUGUCCACUUGCGCCGUGUCCACUUUUCGAUGUGCAACUUUUACCGUGUGCAUAUGAGCGGUGUCCACUUGCGCCAUGUCCAACUUUUCGGUGUGCAACUUUUACCGUGUGCAAAUGAGCGGUGUCCAUUUGCGCCGUGUUCAACAUUAUGGUGUGAAACUUUUCUGUGUCCAAAAUUUCUGUGUCCAAAUGAAUCGUGUGCAAUAUUCCGUGUCUAUUUGCACCGUGUCCAUUUGCACAGUGUCCACUUGUACUGUGUCCAAGUAACGGCCACUCACGAUGACAUACUAUCACAGAACCAAUUGACACCGCCUGCACAAUAUUCCGGUCAGCCGGGAGAGCGAAACACGAACGGAAGAUACAUGUCCUUAAAGGAAGCACGAAACUCGAUUCCCCCGUUCGAUGGAACCUCAAGCAAACUACUGGAAUUUUUACGUGUCAUAACUUACGCAGUGAAAAGUAUCGAUCCACUCGACGAAGGAGCACUAUUAGAAGGCGUAUUAUACACUAAAUUGAAAGGCAGAGCCUUGACAGAUUUUCGCACUAGAGAUAUUAGAGACUUUGACCAAUUAAAAGAAGAAUUAGUCGUGUGCUAUCAGAGUAAGAAGAGCACUACGCACUUGCAACUUGACUUCAAUACGCUAAAGCAAAGGAGCGGAGAAAGCGCUCAAGAAUUCGGCCUGAGAACCGAAAAACUAGCCAACGAGCUAUUCGAAUCCAUGGUAGAGGAAAGCAAUCACCCGCCAGGAGUUAAGCAAGGCAUUCUAGAAUCGAUAAAGCAACAAGCUUUACAAAAUUUUCAGCUAGGACUGAAAGACGAGAUCAAACUACUCGUCAGAUCCCGAAAUUACAAAACUAUGCAAGACGCCAUAGCUGGCGCAAGUGCCGAGGAAAAAUUUAAUAGUCCGAAGGAAACGGCACGGUAUAGAAACGGCUAUGCAAACUCGCAGCCGAAAGACAAUAAAGUGAAAGUAACGUGUCACAAAUGCGGAAAACCCGGACACUAUAGCAGAGAUUGCCGAAGCAGUCGAUAUACAAAUCGUUUUCAGCUGCCGAAACCCGAGACGACACCCAGAGUAAAUGCGGUGGAGAAGCACUGCAAACAUUGCAAAAGAUCGGGACACGUCCAAGAGGAAUGCUGGCAAUUGCACGGGAAACCAAGAAAUAAUAGCGCGAGAUACGCUAAACCCAAUUACUCGCAAGGAAAAGCGAAAAGGAACGGCAAUGAGCAUAAUAAAUACAAAGAAAAGAGCGCCAACUCAGCAGCAAGCAGUGACGAAGAUGACAACAAUAAGAAAAAGACGAGACGAGCGCUCGAGUAUCAGGUUGCGCACAUGAACGAUGUGACACA